CUCACAAGUAAAAGGUAACAAUCAUUUCUUUCCUCACAGCCGAAAUCCAACGGCCCAAAUUCCUCUGCCAACCCGCUCAAAUCCCAAAAUAUUACCAACAAAACCACCACCGUCCCCUCCCGCUUCCGUUCCACCGCCCUUCCCUUCCUCCCCGAAAUCGCACGACCUCGAGGUAUUUCUGCUUUCUUAUAGCCCACCUUCCGUGCCCUCUUCUCGUGCGGUCCUCUUCCUCAGCUUCCUUCCGGUCCGGCGGUUCGGUUCUUCUUUCCAGCAUAAUCAUUUAUCAUGGGCACCAUGGAAAAUGUCAACAACAGAGAAGAUCGUAUUCCAGCAGAAGCUAGGGAGAUUCUACAAUCAAUGGCUUCCCAGUGGGAAGAUGUGGUAGAUUCAAAGGCACUGCAGGUGAUCCCUCUCAAGGGUGCAAUGACUAAUGAGGUUUUCCAAAUAAAGUGGCCAUCAAGGACAGGGGAACUGUCACAUAAAGUUCUGGUUAGGAUUUAUGGUGAGGGUGUCGAGGUGUUCUUUGACAGGGAUAAUGAGAUCCGGACAUUUGAACACAUGUCAAAGAAUGGUCAGGGACCUCGUCUGCUUGGGCGUUUUCCAAAUGGCCGAAUUGAAGAGUUCAUCCAUGCACGGACACUCUCAGCAUGUGAUCUACGUGAUCCGGAUAUAUCUGCUCUUAUAGCUUCUAAAUUGAAGGAGUUCCACGAACUUGAUAUGCCUGGUCCAAAGGUUGUCACCCUCUGGGAUAGAUUGCGAAAUUGGCUCAGUACGGCCAAGAGAUUGUCUACACCAGAAGAAGCUAACUCCUUUCAGUUAGAUUCCAUUGAAAAGGAAAUCCCGUUACUGGAGAAAGAGCUCUCAGGGCCUCAUCAACGCAUUGGUUUUUGCCACAAUGAUUUACAGUAUGGUAAUAUAAUGCUUGAGGAAGAGAGUAAAUCGAUAACCGUAAUCGACUAUGAAUAUGCAAGUUAUAAUGCUGUAGCAUUUGACAUAGCAAAUCAUUUCUGUGAGAUGGCAGCUGACUAUCACACUGAUACACCUCAUAUUUUGGACUACAGCAAAUAUCCUGGUUCAGAGGAGCGUCAGCGGUUUGUUUGUUUGUAUCUGAGUUUUUCUGGCAAUCAACCUACUGAGAGCGAAGUGGAGCAGCUGGUUCAAGAUGUUGAGAACUAUACCCUUGCAAGCCAUCUCUUUUGGGGCUUAUGGGGAAUAAUUUCGGAACAUGUGAAUGAAAUUGACUUUGACUACAUGGAAUACGCAAGGCAGAGGUUUCACCAGUACUGGAUAAGCAGGCCUAAGCUGUUGGGUUCUGUUGGAUCUCCUCCAAAUCUUGUAACUGAUGUUAAAUAUGGUAUGCAUCGAGCUGAUGUUUAACAGCACAUGUGAGGCUGUGGAGACGCUCUUCUUCUUUGCAUCUUUUGUUCUGGUAAGUGUGACUAUGGUUCUGGGUUGAUGGUAAGUUAUAAAAGGGACGUAUUUCUAUUCGCUUGUAACCUUAUCGUGUAUGCUUUUUUAACAUGUUUAAUCUCCCCUGUGGUUUUCUUUUUCUCUUGUACGUUCUUCAGGCUUCUCUUUUAUGUCAAAGUGAGUUUUGGUUUGCAGGCAAACAAAAGGGUACCGAAAAACAUUAGCUAAGUGGCCAAGUAUGUUGAAGAAGCUUCAGAAAUAUUUCAGCUUCACAAAGACGAAAACUCAGGUUUUGACAAUUCGCGAGUGGAUUGCAUAAUGGGAUGAAGUGGUGUACCAUGUAACAUAAGACUGGUGUAGCGAGUGCAGGAAGUGGGAUUUGAGGUUGUAAACGAUCGAUCAUGUCUUCGUCUGAUCGAUCUUUCAUAACGUCCUCUCUUAUAUUGGCAUUCGCCGCGUGAUUGCAAUUUCUGGAGCCUCUGCAGUUGGAGUGGCCCUUUGGUAACAAGCGGGUAAAGGUUUAAUGUUGUCGAGAGUGCUGUUUUCUUUGAUGGAUGAUGUACUGUUGGUUUAUGUUAUAUAGCAUUCGACGAUACUUUUUCUA